AUGCUAAAUAAGUAAGUCGUAAGCAGAACUGCCCCUAAAAGAAAUUUGAUAUUUUCACAAAGUGUUCUAGAGUCUAACUAAAAAUCAUCUUUAUAAUAAUAAUCUAGUAGACAUUUCAAAGUGAAAUCACAAGUUUUGUGUAAUACUCCUAGUGCCUAAGAAAAGUUUAAAACAGAUUUGUUUAAAGAAUAGAGUCUCUUUAGUGAAGACUCUGAUAAUGACUUGUUUCGUGAGAGUAGCUUAAAACCACCAAAGACUGCUAGUUCAUUCAAGACCAGAUCAAAGAUACUAAAUUAGAUGGCUUAUUUGACAUAGAAGAUGACACCAGAUUAUUAAAAGAGAAUGCAACUUAUUUCUCAGGCCGAGUAAAAUGGAUUUGUUAUAAGAGGGACAAGGUGCUUGACUUUCGUAUUGAACAAACUGAGUUACCAAUUCAAGUAAAUAGUCAGUAGUUGAGUUUUGGAGAAACCUUUAUUAAUUAUUAGCAUGAUAAGGUAUAAAAUAUAUUCAAAAGUUUUUAUAAAGCAUCCUAUAGAGUUAUAACCUGAAUUAUGGAAUGUCUAGUCAGUUAGAUAGAUGGAAUUUUAUUAUUACAAGAUUAGAUCAAAAAUGUAGGCUGUUCCAUUAUAAUUCUAUAUGAAUUAAACUGAAAAUACAAAUUUUAAAAUAUUUGUUUCAUCUGUUAAUCCAUUUCCAACAAAUUUCUCUUGUGAUUAGAUAAUAUCAGUUAAGGGAUGGAAAUAUAAGGUAGAUGAAUCUAAAAUAUUUCAUUGUGAAUAUAUUUAUAUUAGUAUGGUCUGUGAUUUAGAUACUUAAGUGAAAUUAAAAUAUUAAUUUGGUACAAAAAUAAUGAAAAGACCAUAAACAAUGUAAAAAAAGAUGGAAACUGAAUCUAUCUUUCUUUAAAAUCCUUAAUAAUAAUAAUUAGAAAGAAUGAAUUCUGAUUUUUUGUUAGCUUAGGUAGCUGAAAUAAAAAAAAGAAGAAAAUAAAGAUUAAGAUAAAGAGGAAUAUUUAAAGAUUUAAUAAAAGAAAAUAUUUAAAAAGUAGUAGAAUAUAAUGAGGAAUAAUAAAGGAGUUUUAGAGAAAUGAAAAGAGUACAAUCUGAUAAUAGAAUAGAAGAUGUUUUAUUUAGAAAGAAAUAGUUAAAUUAAAAUGAACAAUAAAGAAAAGUAUAUGAACAAAAAACAAGAGAAUUAGGUAAAAUAUUAAGAUAAAGAUCUAAUUUUGUAUAAUCAAAAAAAACAUUGAAAAAUAAAGUAUGUUAUCAUUGGCUAAAUUUCAUUUAUAUAGCUUUAAUAAGUAGUAAAAUAUUACAUGUAUAUUAACACAAAAUUGAAGCAUAAAAUUAAUCUACUUUGAUGGCAUUUUAAGUUAAAAGAAUUAUGAAAAGAAUUCAUAAAAGACUCAUAGCAAUUAAAGGAUUAACAUUAUAUGAUAGAGUAUUUUUUGAUGUUAAACUGUAUAAAUUAAUUAUAAUAUAAUUAGAGCUUCAUUAUGUUUUUGUAGAGCAGUUUAUUAAAAGUAAGUAAAAGAACAUAUAUAAAAAAUAAUACCCUUUCUAAAAUAAAGAGCUGAAUUACAUCAUUUUAAAAAUUAAGUAGUGAGUACUCAUAUCAAGAUAUAAAAAAUUAGAUAAAUAUUUCAAGAAUUUCUAUUGAAAUUUAAAAACUAUAAAAAAUCAUUAUUAGGUUUAUGGUAGAAGUAUUUUAGAGAAUAACUUCUUAAGAAUUAUAAUCAAUUAAAUUAGAGAAAGAAAGAGAUGUAUUAACAAUAUAUAUUUUUACUAUAGAAUCAAGAAAAUUAUAAGUAUCUUAUUAUUUUAAUAAAUACUAGUAUUCUAUAAACAGAAUUUGUGAAUACAUACAGUAAAGAAAUGUUAAGGACAUUUUUGAAAGAAAUGAGUGUCUAUUCUUAAUAUAUAAAAAAAUUAAGAUAAUAAAGAUAUAAUAAAACUAAGAAGAGAGAUUUAGAAUUGUAUGAAUAAGUUAUUUACUAACCAAAAAUGUUUCAUAUACCAAAUUAUGAUGAAAUUUUAGAAUAUCUUCCAAUAUUGAUGAGUAAUAAUAAUAGAUAAGAUGCAAGAAGUUCAUAAUAGAUUUCAUAAUCUUAAAUCUUAAGUAUAGGUGAAAAUAAUGAAAAAAAGAGAAAAUAAGUAAGAAUGAAGAAAUGA